UCUCCAUCCAAGCUGCACCGUUCUGACAAACCAAAAAUAACUCUAUAGAUUUGCUGCUUGGUUAAAAAUUCCCGGCAAUAAUUUCAAUGUCAAUUUUAAUGCGUGAUCAUCAUGACCGUGUUUAGACGCCUCUGUGUUCUCGUCGACCACCGCCAGCUUCUUCUUCUUCUUUUUCUCACUGCUGGGAUUCUGGAUCCAUGUUCCUCACUGGGACAAAUCCACUCAGCGCGAUGUAGGCCCGAUAAGUACCUGACCAAGUACGAGCACUGCCAACUUGCCUCACCAGGUGGUGUUGCUGGCUUGGAAUGUUUUGGAAAAUACCGCCAUCCAAGUACGAAGCGCUGUCAGUGGAGGCGUGGGGCGGACGAGCGGGAGGAAGCGAACGUCACGCUCGUCAUUCUGCAAAGGACAGCAAAGUACUGCAGAAUGUACAAGAGCACGAAGGAGACGUCGACCGACGUGGAAGUGUACACCAGUCACAACUUGACUGUGGAGGUUCUGGAACAGGUCGGAUCCAAAUGCUCCAAAGACGCCUUCACGGCGCACCCGAGCAGCCUGCUGCGCUGCGGGCCUCCGCUUCACGCGACCUUCCGGCGCCAUUCGGGGAGUCGCGUCGACGUCGGCGCCCGGUGGUCCGUCGACGACGCCGAGGUCGUCGGGUCCGUCUGCGUGCGGCGCAGAGAGGCCGGAGACCGCCAUCGCCGUGGCGAUGGACCCUGGCGCCGGACGUGUUGCCGAGGCGCGUCCGGGUGCCACCUGGCGGGCGCGGUGGCCCCGUCGCCGCUCGAGGUUCAGCUGGCUUGCGAGGUCAGCGACAAGUGCUCAGAGUGCCCGUGGGGGCCCAUCUACACGCUGCCGCCGGAGCUGACGAAGCCGCCGCUCAACCUGCACGCGGUGGAAGACAAGAUGGCCGACGCAAGAGGACGAAGGAGGAUUUCACUGACGUGGACGUUCUCCGAGGAAUGCGACGGCUUCCGCGUGUCCGUGGGCAAGGCGUCGGGCGAGCCCCCCCUAGAGGUCCUCGACGUGACGCGGCCGCCCGUCGCGUUGCUGCUGUCCGGCUCCGACUUCCGCGUCCACGUCGAGGCGUUCAACAACGUGAGCGCGUCGCCGGCCGCCGGCGUCGCGCUAACUGCGCCGCGCGUUGCCGACGACGACGGCGGUCACGCUAAGCUGAGGGUGAGCGUCCACAACCGGACGUCCUUCAGCGUGUUCUGGCAGGACGACCUGGUCAGCGAGUACUCGUGCUUCUCUCUGGAGUGGCGCGCCACCGACGGCUCGCGCCCACCAAACGCGUCGUACGAGUCGUUCUACGAGAACGCCAACAACUUCUGGACGCUGGUCGACAUUCCAGAGCCGCUGCGGCCGUACACCGGCUACGUCGUCCGGCUGCACGUGCGUGACCGACAUCCGCCGUGCAACCUGAAGCGAGUCAACAACAGCCAGGAGGCCACUUACGCCACGGCCCGCUUUUACUUCCUGGAAGGAUCUCCGGUUAGCGCUCCAGCCAACGUCAGCAUGGCGCCCGUCACGUCGUCCUCCGCGGAAGUGAGCUGGUCGCCCGUCCGGCGGGAAGACCGGCGCGGGUUCCUGCUGGGCUACGUGAUCUACUACGCCGAGGACCGGCAGCCGGAGAAAAAUGUCAGUGUGGGACGGCAGGUACGCAGCUACAUACUGGAGGGUCUCCGCAGCGGGGCGGUGUACCAGAUCCAGGUGUCGGGGUUGACACGGGUCGGGCCGGGGGUCCGCAGCGCCCCCACCUUGCUGGAGACGCGGCGUGAAGGUUUCUUUGACCUCACGGCACUCCUCAUAGCCUCGACCCUGGUCGUGCUGGCGGCCAUGUUGGCGUCGCUCCUCUUUAAAAGCAGGGCCAAAGCCGUGUUUUGGCCCACCAUUCCCAACCCCGCCAAGAGCAGAUCCAUGCAGAAACUCAACGGACCCACACAGCUGCUGCUCCAAACCACGCUCAAGCUAGAAGAAUGCGACAGGGCGAGCCUGCUCGUCGUGGAGCCCCGAGCGCCGCCUUCCGUGCGCCGCUCCGCCGCCGUCGACGACGAGCCAGGGGUCGCGACCUCCCGCGGUCCACCCGCGGCCCCCUCCGGCGGAUACACCAGCUUGGACGUCAUCCAGCAGAUGAUGAUGAUGAUGACAACGGCGACGACGACUCACGCGGGGGACUACAAGACGCAGAUUAGCGUGGAGCGCGACGCUCGCGUACGUUUGAUGGACAUGGAAAACGCGCAUUUAUCGUGAUCCAAUCGUCCUCCGGUCCUGCAGGGGGCGACGCAUUAAGCACAAAAAAGACGGCUUGUUUAAAAAUGUGCUGUUUUUUUUUUUUUUUUUUUACUGAAAGGUCACAUCAAACAGAAGCUUGUGUAUAUGAAAUAAUUUACACUCACGUCAGUGCUUUCUUAUAGAAAAUAGAUGAAAACCAAUUUG